AUGUUACCGCACAAGAGACUUCUUCAUUUUCUUCUUCAUUCUUUUCUUCUUCAUUUUUUUCAUUCUUUUUCUUCUUCUUUCUUAUUUCUUCAUUUUUCUUCAUUUUUUUUUUUCUUUAUCUUCAUUUUUUUCUUCAUUUUUCUUCUUUUUCUUACACUUCAUUUUUUCUUCUUCAUUCUACUUCUUCUUCUUAUUUUCUUCAUUUUUCUUUUUCAUUCUUUCUUCUUCAUUUUUCUUCAUUCUUCUUCAUUAUUCUUCUUUCUUAUACUUCUUCAUUUUCUUCAUUUUUCUUUUUUUCUUUUUCUUCAUUUUUCUUCAUUUCUUCUUUAUUCUUCUUCUUCAUUUUUCUUUUUCUUUCAUUUUCUUUUUUCAUUCUUCUUCUUCAUUUUUCUUCAUUCUUCUUCAUUAUUCUUCUUUUCUUCAUCAUUUUUCUUUAUUUUUUCUUCUUCAUUUUUUUUCUUCUUCUUCUUCAUUAUUCUUCUUUUAUUUUCUUCAUUUUUUCAUUCAUUCUUCUUCAUUUUUCUUCUUUUCUUCAUUAUUCUUCUUUUUAUACUUUCAUUUUUUUUCAUUUUUUUUUCAUUCCACUUCUUCUUCAUUUUUUCUUCAUUCUUCUUCAUUAUUCUUCUUUCUUACACUUCAUCAUUUUUCUUCUUCAUUCUUCUUCUUCAUUUUUCUUCAUUUUCAUUUAUUUUCUUUCAUAUCUUCUUCAUUUUUCUUCUUUUUCUAUUCUUUUCAUUUUUUUUUUUCUUCUUCAUUCUUCUUUCUUUUUUCAUUUUUUCUUCAUUUUUUUUUCAUUCUUCUUCUUCAUUUUUUUUCAUUUUCUUCAUUUUCUUCUUUCUUACACUUCUUUUUCUUUUUUUUUUCUUCAUUCUUUCUUCUUUCAUUUUUUCUUCAUUUCUUCUUCAUUUUCUUCUUUCUUAUACUUUUUUUUUUCUUUUUUUUCUUUUUCUUUUUUUUUUCAUUCUUCUUCAUUUUCUUCUUUCUUACAUUCAUUUUUUUUUUAUUUUUUCUUCAUUUUACUUCUUCAUUUUUUUCUUCUUUUCAUUUUUUCUUCUUUUUUUUUUUUUUUUUUCAUUUUUCUUUUUUUUCUUCUUUUCUUUUUUUUUCUUCUUUUUCUUCAUUUUUCUUCUUUAUUUUCUUUUUUUCUUCAUUUUUUUCAUUUUUUUUUUUCAUUCUUCUUCUUAUUCUUCUUUUUCUUCAUUUUUUCUUCUUCAUUCUUCUUCUUUUUUUUCUUCAUUCUUCUUCAUUAUUCUUCUUUCUUAUACUUCUUCAUUUUUCUUCUUCAUUUUCUUCUUUUUUUUCUUCAUUCUUCUUCAUUUUUUUAGACUUCUUCUUCUUCUUUUUUCUUCAUCUUCUUCUUCAUUUUUUCUUCAUUUUUCUUUUUUUUUCUUCAUUUUUCUUCAUUUUUCUUUUAUUUUUUCUUUCAUUUUUUUUUUUUUUUUUUUUUCAUUUUUUUCUUCAUUUUUCUUCAUUUUCUUCAUUAUUCUUCUUUUUUUUUUUUUUCAUUUUUUUUUUCAUUCUUUUUUUCUUCAUUUUUUCUUUCUUUCAUUCUUCUUCAUUCUUCAUUUUUUCUUUCUUCAUUCUUUUUCUUCUUCAUUUUUCUUCUUUUUCAUUUUCUUUCUUUCUUUUUUCUUCAUUUUCUUCAUUUUUUUUUUCAUUCUUCUUCAUUUUUUUUCUUUCUUCAUUAUUCUUCUUUCUUUUCAUUUUUUUCUUCUUCAUUUCUACUUCUUCUUCAUUUUUUUUCUUCUUCUUCAUUUUCUUUUCUUAUCUUCAUUUUUUUCUUCAUUCUUCUUCUUCAUUUUUUCUUCAUUCUUCUUCAUUAUUUUCUUUCUUAUACUUCUUCAUUUUUUUCUUCUUCAUUCUACUUCUUCUUCAUUUUUCUUUUUCUUCUUCAUUAUUCUUCUUUUCUUAGACUUCUUCAUUUUUCUUUUCAUUUUCAUUUUUUUCAUUCUUCUUUCAAUAUUCUUUUUCUUCUUCAUCAUUUUUCUUUUUUUCUUCUUCUUCUUUCUUUUUUUUUUUCUUCUUCAUUUUCUUUUCAUUUCUUCAUUUUUUCUUCAUUUUUCAUUUUUUCUUCAUUUUCUUCAUUCUUCUUCAUUAUUCUUCUUUCUUCUUCAUCAUUUUUUUUCUUCAUUCUUUUUUCUUCAUUCUUCUUCAUUCUUCAUUUUUUCUUCAUUUUUUUUCUUCAUUCUAUUCUUCUUUUUUUUCUUCAUUCUUUUUCAUUUUCUUAUACUUCUUCAUUUUUCUUCAUUUUCUUUUCAUUUUUUUCUUCUUUUUUUUCUUCAUUCUUCUUCAUUAUUCUUCUUUCUUACACUUCAUCAUUUUUUCUUCUUCAUUCUUUUUCUUUCUUCAUUUUUUUCUUCAUUCUUCUUCAUUCAUUUCUUUUCUUUUCAUUUUUCUUCUUCAUUCUACUUCUUCAUUUUUUUCAUUCUUUUCAUUAUUCUUCUUUUCUUAUACUUCUUCAUUUUUCUUCAUUUUUCUUUUCAUUCCACUUUUCUUCAUUUUUCUUCAUUCUUCUUCAUUAUUCUUCUUUUCUACCCUUCAUCUUCUUCAUUCAUUUCUUCUUCUUUUUCUUUUUUUCUUCUUCAUUCUUAUACUUCUUCAUUUUUUUUUUCUUCUACUUCUUUUUCAUUUUUCUUAUUCUUCUUUCUUAUUUCUUCAUUUUUCUUCUUUCUUCAUUAUUCUUCUUUUUUUCAUUUUCUUCAUUAUUCUUCUUUCUUUUUCAUCAUUUUUCUUUAUUUUCUUUCAUUCUACUUCUUCUUCAUUUUUCUUCAUUCUUCUUCAUUAUUCUUCUUCAUUAUUUCUUCAUUUUCUUUUUUUCAUUCUUCAUUUUUCUUCAUUCUUCUUAUUAUUCUUCUUUAUUAUACUUCUUCAUUUUUAUCAUUCUUCUUCUUCAUUCUUUUCUUCUUUCAUUUUCUUCUUUAUUAUUAUUCUUUCGAUUCUUCUUCAUUCUACUUCUUCUUCAUUUUUUCUUCAUUCUUCUUCAUUAUUCUUCUUUCAUAUACUUCUUCAUUUUUCUUCUUCAUUCUACUUCUUCUUCAUUUUUUCUUCAUUCUUCUUCAUUAUUCUUCUUUCUUAUUUCUUCAUUUUCUUCUUUUUUUCAUUCUACUUCUUUUCCCUUUCAUUCUUCUUUCAUUAUUCUUCUUUCUUACAAGAUUCAUCAUUUUUUUCUUUAUUUUUCUUCUUCAUUCUACUUCUUCUUCAUUUUUUCUUCAUUCUUCUUCAUUAUUCUUCUUUCUUAUACUUCUUCAUUUUUCUUCUUCAUUCUACUUCUUCUUCAUUUUUUCUUCAUUCUUCUUCAUUAUUCUUCUUUCUUAUACUUCUUCAUUUUUCUUCAUUUUUCUUUUUCAUUCUACUUCUUCUUCAUUUUUUCUUCAUUCUUCUUCAUUAUUCUUCUUUCUUACACUUCAUCAUUUUUCUUCAUUUUUCUUCUUCAUUCUACUUCUUCUUCAUUUUUUCUUCAUUCUUCUUCAUUAUUCUUCUUUUCUUAUUUCUUUCAUUUUUUCUUCUUCAUUCUUUUCAUUUUUUUUCAUUCUUCUUCAUUAUUCUUCUUUUAUUUUUGUUCUUCAUUCUAUUCUUUUUUUCUUCAUUCUUCUUCAUUAUUCUUCUUUCUUAUACUUCUUCAUUUUUUCUUUUUCUUUUCAUUCUACUUCUUCAUUUUUUUUCAUUCUUCUUCAUUAUUCUUCUUCUUUUUGA